GUUGUCUUUACAAUUAGCUCUUGAAAAGGAAUGAUGAAUAUAUGUUUAAUUCUUACUUUUGUCCAUUUCCAGCUUACAAAACACUACACAGCAAAAUAAUGAUCUGCUAGACUGCUAACCCGAGCAUCCAGCUUCCACAAUGCCUGUGCAGGCAGCUCAAUGGACAGAAUUUCUGUCCUGUCCAAUCUGCUAUAAUGAAUUUGAUGAGAAUGUGCACAAACCCAUCAGUUUAGGUUGUUCACACACUGUUUGCAAGACCUGCUUGAACAAACUUCACCGAAAAGCUUGUCCCUUUGAUCAGACUGCCAUCAACACCGACAUUGACGUGCUUCCUGUCAACUUCGCACUUCUCCAAUUAGUUGGAGCCCAGGUACCAGACCAUCAGUCAAUAAAGUUAAGUAAUCUAGGUGAGAACAAACAUUAUGAAGUUGCAAAGAAAUGUGUUGAAGAUUUGGCACUCUACUUAAAACCACUAAGUGGAAGUAAAGGUGUAGCUAGUUUGAACCAGAGUGCACUGAGCCGUCCAAUGCAAAGGAAACUGGUGACACUUGUAAAUUGUCAACUGGUAGAGGAAGAAGGUCGUGUAAGAGCCAUGCGAGCAGCCCGUUCACUUGGAGAACGAACUGUAACGGAACUAAUAUUACAGCACCAGAACCCUCAGCAAUUGUCUGCCAACUUAUGGGCUGCUGUCAGGGCUCGAGGAUGCCAGUUUCUAGGACCAGCUAUGCAAGAAGAGGCCUUGAAGUUGGUGUUGCUGGCACUAGAAGAUGGUUCUGCUCUCUCAAGGAAAGUUCUGGUACUUUUUGUUGUGCAAAGAUUAGAACCAAGAUUUCCUCAGGCAUCAAAAACAAGUAUUGGUCAUGUUGUGCAACUACUGUAUCGAGCUUCUUGUUUUAAGGUUACUAAAAGAGAUGAAGACUCUUCUCUGAUGCAGUUAAAAGAAGAAUUUCGGAGCUAUGAGGCAUUACGCAGAGAACAUGAUGCCCAAAUUGUUCAUAUUGCUAUGGAAGCAGGACUUCGUAUUUCACCCGAGCAGUGGUCCUCACUUCUAUAUGGUGACUUAGCGCAUAAAUCACACAUGCAGUCUAUUAUUGAUAAGCUGCAAUCUCCAGAAUCAUUUGCAAAGAGUGUCCAGGAAUUGACAAUUGUUUUGCAACGAACAGGUGACCCAGCUAACUUAAAUAGACUGAGGCCUCAUUUAGAGCUUCUUGCAAACAUAGACCCCAAUCCAGAUGCUGUUUCACCAACUUGGGAGCAGCUAGAAAAUGCAAUGGUAGCUGUUAAAACAGUAGUUCAUGGCCUUGUGGACUUCAUACAGAAUUAUAGUAGAAAAGGCCAUGAGACACCUCAGCCUCAGCCAAACAGCAAAUAUAAGACUAGCAUGUGCCGAGAUCUAAGACAGCAAGGAGGGUGUCCACGAGGAACAAACUGUACUUUUGCCCAUUCUCAGGAAGAGCUUGAAAAGUAUCGAUUAAGGAACAAAAAGAUCAAUGCAACUGUAAGAACAUUUCCUCUUCUAAAUAAAGUUGGUGUAAGCAACACUGUCACAACCACAGCCGGAAAUGUCAUUUCUGUCAUAGGAAGUACUGAAGCAACGGGGAAAAUUGUUCCAAGUACAAAUGGAAUUUCCAAUGCAGAAAACAGUGUUUCCCAGCUAAUCCCACGUAAUGCUGACAGUACAUUAAGAGCUCUGGAGACUGUGAAGAAAGUGGGGAAGGUUGGCACUAAUGGUCAGAAUGCUGCUGGGCCUUCUUCAGAGUCGGUAACUGAAAAUAAAAUUGGUUCUCCACCCAAGACUCCUGUAAGCAGUGUAGCAGCUACCUCAGCUGGGCCCUCUAAUGUUGGAACAGAACUGAAUUCUGUGCCUCCAAAAUCCAGCCCAUUUAUAACUAGAGUACCAGUAUAUCCUCAGCAUUCUGAAAACAUUCAGUAUUUUCAAGAUCCAAGAACUCAGAUACCCUUUGAAGUCCCACAGUACCCACAGACAGGAUACUACCCACCACCUCCAACGGUACCAGCUGGUGUGGCUCCCUGUGUUCCUCGCUUUGUGAGGUCCAAUAAUGUUCCAGAAUCCUCCCUCCCACCUGCUUCCAUGCCAUAUGCCGAUCAUUACAGUACAUUUUCCCCUCGAGAUCGAAUGAAUUCUCCUUACCAACCUCCUCCUCCGCAGCCAUAUGGACCAGUUCCUCCAGUACCUUCUGGAAUGUAUGCUCCUGUGUACGACAGUAGGCGCAUCUGGCGUCCACCUAUGUACCAACGAGAUGACAUUAUUAGAAGCAAUUCUUUACCUCCUAUGGAUGUGAUGCACUCGUCUGUCUAUCAGACGUCUUUGCGAGAAAGAUAUAACUCCUUAGAUGGGUAUUAUUCAGUGGCUUGUCAGCAGCCAAGUGAACCAAGGACAACUGUGCCUUUACCAAGAGAUCCUUGUGGUCAUUUGAAGACCAGUUGCGAGGAGCAGAUAAGAAGAAAGCCAGAACAGUGGGCACAGUACCACACUCAGAAAGCACCUCUUGUCUCUCCAGCUCUUCCUGUGGCAACACAGUCUCCAACACCACCUUCUCCUCUGUUCAGUGUAGACUUUCGCACUGACCUCUCUGACAGUGUGAGUGGGACAAAAUUUGAAGAAGACCAUCUUUCCCAUUAUUCUCCCUGGUCUUGUGGCACCAUAGGCUCCUGUAUAAAUGUCAUUGAUUCAGAGCCCAGAGAUGUGAUUGCUAAUUCAAAUGCUGUGUUAAUGGACCUAGACAGUGGAGAUGUUAAGAGAAGAGUACAUUUAUUUGAAACUCAGAGAAGGACAAAAGAAGAAGACCCAAUAAUUCCUUUUAGUGAUGGACCUAUCAUCUCAAAAUGGGGUGCAAUUUCCAGAUCUUCCCGUACAGGUUACCAUACCACGGAUCCUGUCCAGGCCACUGCUUCCCAAGGAAGUGCGACUAAGCCCAUCAGCAUAUCAGAUUAUGUCCCUUAUGUCAAUGCUGUUGAUUCAAGGUGGAGUUCUUAUGGUAGUGAGUCCACAUCAUCAGCGCACUAUAUUGAACGGGACAGAUUCAUUGUUACUGAUUUAUCUUGUCAUAGAAAGCAUUCCAGUACUGGAGACCUUUUAAGCAUUGAACUUCAGCAGGCCAAGAGUAACUCAUUGCUUCUUCAGAGGGAGGCCAAUGCUCUGGCCAUGCAACAGAAGUGGAAUUCCCUGGAUGAAGGCCGUCACCUUACCUUAAAUCUACUAAGCAAGGAAAUUGAAUUGAGAAAUGGAGAGAGUGAUUAUACAGAAGAUGCAACUGAUACUAAGCCUGAUAGGGAUAUUGAAUUAGAGCUUUCGGCACUUGACACUGAUGAACCUGAUGGACAGAGUGAACAAAUUGAAGAGAUCCUGGAUAUACAACUUGGUAUCAGUUCUCAAAAUGAUCAGUUGCUGAAUGGAACUGCAGUGGAAAAUGGGCAUCCAGUCCAACCGCACCAAAAGGAGCCACUGGAGCAGAAGAGACAGAGUUUAGGUGAAGACCAUGUGAUUCUGGAGGAGCAAAAAACAAUUCUGCCGGUAACGGCUUGCUUUAGCCAGCCACUUCCAGUGUCCAUUAGCAAUGCAAGUUGCCUCCCCAUCACCACAUCUGUCAGCGUUGGCAACCUCAUUCUGAAAACUCACGUUAUGUCUGAAGAUAAAAAUGACUUUUUAAAACCUGUUGUUGCAAAUGGGAAGAUGGUUAACAGCUGAAAGGAGAUUCAUCUUUCAAAUUUGUGACCAUACCAUGGAAGCAUUUACACUAGCUUUUUAUAUAUAUAAUAUAUAUUAUAUAAUGUAUAUUUUUUUUAAAAAAAAGAUAUUACUGGGGGCAUCCAGUUCCUGUGGACUCUUUGAUACUUCAAGCCCUCUUGCAUUAGCAUUAUGAAAAAAGAAAAAAAGAAAAUUUACUAGGGUGUAACAUGUUCACUUUCCAGAAGUGAUUGGAAUUUGGACAUUUAACUUAAGCUUCAAGCAGCUUUUUAUGAGUUUGUAGCAAUCCGGUGCAGUAACUGAGCCAUUUCCUAUUUUAAAUGGCUUCUAUAGAAAAUUAACAACUCAGUUAUUAAACUAGCAGGAUCCUACAAUGAUACAUCUAGUGAAAGUAGACUUAAUUAACUUAUUUAUUUCUAUUUUAUGUUUCACUAAGAGAAAUUUCCAUCUCAUUCCAGCUGCUUUAUUUAUCUUUUUCAUGGGACUUUGCAUGAAUUUUUUUAUUUUUGUUUUUUACUUUGAAGAGUGGAGUUAGAUGUUCUUACCAUAGAAUUUUGCAGGGUUAUAUACUAGCUUUCUUUACUGCAUUAUAUGUAGGAUUGUGGUGCAGUGCUUUUAUCUGUAGCAUUUAAAUAUUUUUUAAUUUUCCAUUUUUCAAUAAUAGUUUCUGCUUUGUUAAUAUUUAUACACAGGCUACUUGUUGAAGUAAUUAAAUAUAUAACCAAGUGCCUAAGUCUUUCAGCUGAUGUACUAGAUAUUAAAUUCUCCUAAGUUAUGCAGAAUCGUUUUUACAAUUUUGAUAAAUUAUGCACUAAUGUAAUGGCAGUUUUUUAAAAUGCAGAUUUAAGCCUGUACAUUAUUGAUUCUGAUGACUUGGCAAAAGAAUCAGGUGCUUUCAGCUUUCUUGAGAAAACCCUGUAUGUAGCGUUUGCACUGACUAACAAGAUGGUAUUGCUGGGUUUUUAAUUUAAACUAAUUAUUUUGGAUGUUCAUUGCAUUAUCUUGGUUAAAUAUUGUUUAUUGUUACUUGAUGUUGGGGUUUAAUUUUCCCUUUUUUUUUUUACUGUUAGGUUGAUAAGACUAUGAACCAUGUAAUAAUAGAACAUUGGCUAACCUUUAUUCAUACUUAAAAACAUGAAUAAUUUCUGCCCUGCUAACAUGUGUUUUGACUUGGCAUCUGAAAGUAUGCAGUAUAUUCAACUAGGCAUACCCCAGAUUUUUUGGAGGUAUUUUAUUGAAACCUAAAUUUCAGUCAACAUGUGAAAGCAAAAGCUGGGCAUUCCUUCCUGGUGAUCUUACCUAUGGUUUGUUUUCCCCCAUUUCUUUAAGAUUAGUUUGACUUUUAUUACUAUUUUUUUAAUUAACUUCUGUGAAGUUGUUUACUCUGAAAAUUGUACUGGAAUAUUUUAAGCCAAGCUGAUCUUUCACCAGGUGUACUGUAUGUAAGGGCUUUUCCUGCUAGCAAAAUGCUUAAACAGGAUCAUGUUAUUGGUCGUCUGAGCUAUUUAGUUGUUUUACAAAACCACAGCAUUGUAUCAGAUAAGAUUUUGAUAAAAAGUUUUGUGCGCAUUUCCAGGGCCGGGAGGGUUCACAUUUCCCUGAAAUUUCUUGAUCAGAAUGAGUAAAUACUGGUGUUUGAUACCUGUCUUAAUGAACAUGCUCAUAAGGUGACUGAUAAGUUGUAAAUAUACCUGAGAAACAAAGGGGUAGUUUUGAUAUUCUGGUGUCAGUAUGGAAGAUCUUACACAUUUAUUUAAUACUCAACUGUAUGAAGAUGUUUGUAACAUAACAGCACAGUAGCCUUGACUUAGUUUCCUUCGGUUAUUAGUACUGUACGUUUUUGCCAUGGCCAGUGCUCCCUAUCCCUACAAAGACAUUUUAUUUAUUUCACUCUGUAACCUGAAAUGCAUAGGAACAAGAGUUUUAAACCAUGUUACAUUAACUUAUUUCUGACAUUAUAAAUUAGCCUAGGAUAUUACAGGAACAUGAUUGUUAUGUAAUUUAUAUCAGAACCUUUCUAUAAAUAUGCGCUUAUUACAUUUGAAAUGCUUCCAAUGUACUUUAUUUGCUGUUUGUGUUUCCAAAAAGGAUAUGCAAACCAUAAUGUCUAUUUCAUGGAUAUUUAAAUAGUGAGAUCUUCCAUGUUGAAGGUAAUGUAUUUUUUUUUAAGAUUUAAAAAUUGCUAUUUUGUUACAAAAUAGAUACCUAUUAACAGUUCGAGAGCUCCUUAUGUGCCCUCAGGGAAAGAACCCUCUGUGCAACAGAACUACGCAAAACAUCUUCAGCACGCUCUGAGGGUGGAUAUAUACUACAUAAAUUGAUCUUGUGUAUUUAACCAUAUCUUUUUAAUUUUAAAAUCAAGAUUUUGAAACGUGGUUGUGCUCUUCUGGAGGGGGUUGGGAUAAACUGCUUAGGUGUUUGCCUACUUGUCCAGUGAAAUUACAUUUGCAUCAGUGUAUUUUAUAUACCUGCCAACCUUAUUGGUAUGUCUCAGAACAUUAAUAUUAAAAUAAUGCUUGUCUUGCAGCAGGUGAUCCCAUAAAACAAUAACUCCCUGUUCUUAAAAACUUACUCUCAUUCUCACUAACAACAUAGGAAUUGUUUCUGUGUGGGAUUAUUCUGUAUGGCAUUCUUUAUGUAAUAGCUAUCUUGUUUCUCAUGGGUUUAAUGUGAAGUAAAGACAUUGAUUCUCUGCCACUUUAGAAGAAAGUUCAGUUUAUCUGAUCCUUCUUCAAAAUGGUACCUGCUGAUGCCAUAGAAGAAAAAACACAAAUCAGACAUAAGAUGAGACUUUUUAAAAUUGGGGGCCAUCCCUGUCAUUUGACCCUUUUACCAACAUGUGAUGUAUGUAUGUUAGAAAUCAAAGGAUAUAAAGCAUUCGGAGAAGAAAUUUAUAAUAUUGGUGACUAAAUUGCAUGUGUUACCUAUGCUCUAAUUAGAAAACAGUAGUCUGAGGUCUGGAAAGUGGGAAAUGGUGUUUUGUUUGUUUUUGUUGUUGGGUUUUGUUUUUCCACUGUUUAUGUUUUUGUUUUUCAAUUUCUAAGUCCCAUUCUGAAGUCCAUGUGCCUCAUUUAGAUACUGUGAAUGUAGCAUCAGUAGUUCUCUUUUGUUGUUUAAUUUUAUUUUGUAAAUUCUGAGGAAGUUACACAUGUAUUUCUGAACAAAGCAGAUUUCCUUGUCUUUGCUGCCAUGACUUCAUCUUUCAAUACCACCUGAUAUACCACUGUCGUGCGUGAAAGUUGUGUAUUGUAUUUUCAAGAGAAGGUACUUCAUUGGGUCAGUGGCCCUGAUUUUUUCAUAGAAGCUAUUUAUUCUCACAAGAGAAUGAAAGAAACCUAAUCUAGGACCGAAAAUUUCCAUUAGUGUUGCUGUAGUCACUUUCACUCAAAUUUCAAGUUCUUAGUAGUGGGGCAAAAGUAAGCUCACAGUUGAUCAUAGAAAUCUGUGAACAACUGUAAACUUACUUUUGCCCCACCCUGUUACAUAAAGCACAUUCCAAUUUUAUAUGCUACCUUGAGAAAAUGACAGGAUGCACAGCAGUUUGUAGGAAUUUAAAAUGGGAUCAUUUAAACAUUUGAAAACAUUGUUUUAAAAGCCAUCUAACUUGUUUUUCUUUUUUCUUUUCUUUUUUUUUUUUUGCAUUUUAGAUGUUAAAGUCAUGGUUAUCUUGUUAAUGGGUGGAAUUUGUGAUGAUCAGAUUCAGCAUGUGAUUUCAACUUGGAAUCUGAAUAUUUCUUCCCUAGUUUCUUUGAGUCAUUUUCUGAGCAGACUGUCACCAGUUUUGGUGACUAGUCAUUAUAGGGGAAAAUUACACUGCAACUAUGUAUUAGUUAACUGGAAGAACUUGUCUUGUGUUUUAGAGAAUGAAGAGUGUUGAUGGGAUCACUUACUGUAACUCCUACAUAAGAACCCCUUCUGCAAGCAGAACAAAAAUUAAUAUGCUCAAGGAGUAUCCCGUUUUCUGGAUAAAUUGAAUAAAUUUGCUAGUUACUCCUUUAUACUAGCGGUUUCUUUGUAUCCCUUUGCUGGCGAGGGAAUACAAGGUAUCAAGGCCACUGGUCAGAGCACUCUACAUUUGAGUGGAUCUUAUUUUUACUCCAAGAGCAGUUAUUCCCCCAAGUCCAAAAUUGGCAGUUGUGGUUUUUGUUUUAUAUAAAAAUUUAAAAAUAUCUCCAAACCAGUGGAAUACAGACACUGGCUGCACUUAGUACUGCCAAAAGACAAGGUCAUUUGCAUAUAUUCCAUGGAUCUGUCAAGAAUUAGGCCUCACUUUAUAACCCAAGGCAUGGAAGUGCAUGCAUUCUCUUAGCUGGGCAAACAAUUAUACUGUAGUUGUGAUACAACACAUGUGGCUUUUAUUUGUACUGCACAUAUCCACUGUACAGCCACUUGGGAGUAUCGUGGUUAGCUUACAGCAACUGCUGUCUGCAUUUAUACUGUUUAUUGCAUAUUCUUUUCCCUGGAAGUGAAAGAGAAAUGUUUUUCUUGUUGCAUUGAUUACAUUUUAUAAAUUUGCUUAGCUGGAAAGUUUGGGAAAAGAGGCCUGUUUGUCAAUUGUACAACCGAUUGUGAAGCUCUAGUGUGAAUAUUUUUACGUCUGUAUUAGACAUUUUCUUUGCAAAUCUAUUGUUCGAUUGAAAUGUAAAUGAAAUUAAAGAUGGUGUACACCCAUCAUGUAAAAAGCAGGCACCAUCUCUAAGAUGGAUUUAAUGCUCAUUUUUAAGGCAUAUACUCAACUUCUAUUUAAAACUAUAAUUUAAAAUAAUUCUGUACAAUGAAAUGGGGAAUAUAUAUGGGAAUAAAUUCUAUUCCAUUUAUUUCAAUUUGAAUUUCCAAAUUGUAAUGUUUCCCUUUGUGCUAUAGGAAUAGGAUUAAGUGGGGGAAGGCUGGGACUUGUAAGGCCUGUAUAUGGGGGGAGGGCAGAGAUGGAACAAUGAGGGUUGUGAUGGUAGUGAAUAGCGAAGAGUGAAUUCUGUGUGUUUUUUCUGUAGGACUGAAGUGAUGAGAUAUUAGCUUUGGCUGUUCACAGAAUAGAGCAUCAUGAUUUUCAGUGUUUGAGAGAAAAUUGAUGGAAAAAGUUUGCAGUACUUGACAUGUAUUUGCAUGCACAAAAUAAAAUUAUUUGUCCACCUUAAAA